ACACUCAAAUUAGUUGAAAAUCUAAGGCUUAGUUUGGUUUGUUUCAAACUAAUUGAAAUAGUUGACUAGUUAUAGUAAACAAAGACAAUGGAGGUCAUUGAAUGCGGAACUCGAACAGCUGUUUCAAAAUUCGAUAUGCAGUCAAAGUCUCUGUUUUAUGACAUUUCCCCCCGGGACAACCUUCAUAAUAACGGGUUUGGUCUGGACUCCAAGUCGUCCCAUUUUUUCUCCAUGGAUAGUUCGAAAGAAGCAAACAAACCAGAUUCUGCGUCGGGGAACAGUGACGGUGGUUUUGAAAUGCCGGUGGAGUCGUCGGGUUCGAAUCACGCGCCAGGUGUUGGUUGUUGUCAUUCGAACGCUGCGGUUAAGGUUCAGAAAGUGUACCGGAGUUACUGGACACGGCGUAGAAUAGCUGACUCCGCUGUUGUCGCUGAAGAAUGGUGGAGGGUUUUAGAUUAUGCAAGGCUUAAUCACAGCACAAUCUCCUUUUUUAAUUAUUCCAAACCAGAAUCUGUUGCUUCAAGAUGGAAUCGUGUUGUCUUAAAUGCUUCUAAGGUCGGGAAAGGAUUGUUCAAAGACGCCAAGGCGCAAAAAUUGGCUUUUCGACAUUGGAUUGAAGCUAUUGAUCCACGCCACCGCUAUGGCCAUAACUUGCAUAUUUACUACGAUGAGUGGUGUAAAUCUGAUGCUGGUCAGCCAUUUUUCUACUGGUUGGAUAUAGGGGAAGGGAAAGAGAUUGACCUCCAAGAAUGUCCGAGAUCAAAGCUUCGACAACAAUGUAUUAAGUAUCUGGGACCUCAAGAGAGGGAGCAUUAUGAGUACAUUGUUUUUGAAGGAAAGAUUAUCCAUAAACAAACUGGAAAUGUUCUUCAUACAAUCAAAGGAUCGGAAGGCCGGAAAUGGAUAUUUGUUGUGAGCACAUCCAAGAAAUUGUACGCCGGCGAGAAGAAGAAAGGGAUGUUUCACCAUUCUAGCUUCUUGGCUGGAGGAGCGACGUUUGCAGCCGGUAGGCUGGUGGCGGAGCAGGGAAUAUUAAAGUCUAUUUCUGCAUAUAGUGGACAUUACCGGCCAACAGACGAUAGUCUUGAUAAUUUUCUAUCAUUUUUGAAGGAGAAAGGAGUGAACCUUAGUGAAGUGGAGAUACGCCGAGCAUCUGAUGAUUCUGAUAACUAUGGCAAUGACAAAUCCGGAAGUGGUGGGACUGCAGUUGAAGUUUCAGUGCCUAUUGAACCUGAAAUUAACAGUGAAGAGAAGAAUGUUUCACUGCAGUCAUCGGAAACUAAUCAAACAGGGGCCUCAUAUACUUACAAAAGGACUUUAUCCGGUGGUCUUCAGAGUCCAACAGUUGAGGUGCCUAAGAAAGCUAUAUUGCAAAGGAUCAACUCGAAGAAGGCAGUCAAAUCAUAUCAAUUAGGACAUCGGCUGUCACUCAAAUGGUCAACUGGUGCUGGUCCGAGGAUUGGGUGCAUUGCCGACUAUCCCGUAGAACUGAGACAAGAAGCACUUGAGUUUGUCAACUUGUCCCCGAUAACUCCUCACACCCCUUCACCAUUCAUGUCUCCACAUACCCCGUCAACGCCUUCAUCAUACAGGCAUCUAGGCGAUCUUCCACCAGCUACGACUCCGUCGACAUCACAUGACCACUAAUGUUAACGGGACAUUCUUGGUAUCUGUGUGUAACAUAAUGUAAAAUUAUUUUUUAAGCCUUUAAAUUUUUUAGAAAUUUUAAAUUAGUAAAAAUAAAAUUAUACUUUGAA